UCAAGCAGAUAAGAAGUCACCGUCAGCAUUGUUCGCAGAAUCUAACGUUUCCGAGUUGUGUAUAAAAAGACAGCCGUUGAGUCACAGUUUAAGCAUUGUGUUAUAUUGUUAACGUAGUGUCACAUCGUGGAGAGCGCGUUGUAAGCGGAAACGUACGCCGUUUUCAAAUCGUUAUCCUUUGCCGUACAUAUUGCGUGUAUGGUGUCUCUUUUAUUUUACAACUAUCAUUCUGUUGACUGCUGCUGACGAUACGGCUGUUAGUGUUAACAUUAACGUACGUGUUAUCGGGGUGAUCCGUUCCACGAGGAACCGGUGAUCGUUAAGAGAUUCAACGAUUGCAAUCUUUUUUAUACAUUACGCAAAAAAGUUGUAUGUGUGUAUUGUUUGAAAUCAGAUAAUUAAUAGUGAAGAGUGAAAAUUGUUUGAUUAAUUACUUAUCCGGCGCUACAACCGCUUUGCGGUCUUGGCCUUCCUCAAGAGUAUCCAAAACCGCUUAUCAUUUGAUUAAUUAACACCUGACAAAUUUAAGAACUUUGCUAUUUCUGUUUUAUAAACAUGCAUGUAUAGUUAUAUGUUUAUACCCAUAUUGUACCAAACAUAUUCCGUUGGUCUGAAGGUUUAUUGUGCCAAACGACAAAUAUUAUCCUUAUUUCAUCUCAAGGUUGAUUAUAUUUAAACCAAAGUUCAAUAAAAUCAACGUCAUAUCAAGAGAUAAUUUUAAGUCAAUCACUUUUCUUUGAAAUCCUACAUUUGAAAUAUCGUGUGGUGAGUCUUAUACUUUAAUUUCAUGAUGGAGAAACCUGAAGAGGUGACGAUUCAAGUGAAGGGUGUUGAUAACCGAAAGAUUUUCGAAGUGAAAGGCAAGCACAUUGUGCUCAGCGAUAUUAAACCUCGCGUAGAAGCUCUCUUGGCUAACUCAGCCAUAGAAGAGGUUCGUAUCUUUGCCGGAAUCAAUCUUACGAUCGAUGCUGAUCUUUCCGGUGAUGUAUGGCGUGGGCUAAAUUUAGUAGUUUUGGCAAACGAAAUCAAAGUGAUCAAUGUAGUUACUUGGAAUGUAUCUGGAAAAGAUAACUAUCACACUUACACAAACGAUGCCGGUAAAGAAGGGAACGGUCACGGAAAAGGUGGGAACGAUGGAUAUCCUGGAGAAAGUGGAGGUAACAUCUUACUGCAGGCGAACUCAAUCCAAGAUCCUGAUCGAUUGACGAUAAUUUCAAAUGGUGGAAAUGGCAGUGGAGGUCAAAAUGGAGGUGAGGGGUACGAUGGGGUCGAUGGAAAAGGUCUCACAGUAGCAGAAUUUAAGAAAAUGUUUCCCCAUUGUUUGAUGUAGGGCAGACACGAACGAAUCGACUUAGUAUACAGAAUUGUAACUAACAUGUUUGACUUGGCGCAGCACAUUCCGGUAGAGUGGAUGCACGAUAAAGGCAGAGGUACGACUUACACAGGCCAUCUAUUGGAUUAUAUAGAGUUUGGUUAUGGAUUUUUUUUUGAUAUUUUCAUAAAAGUUGUCAGGCAAGACGGUGGUGAAAUAAAAUUUUCGUUUUGGGAGACAGAUUUUAAAUGUCAUUCGUUUCUAGUGUACAAGGGAGCACCUGGGCAGCAUGGAAAACCCGGUGGAGGAUAUGGCAUGGGUGGUCAGGGAGGGUUUCCCGGGGAAAUAAUUGUUCAGCGUUUAAACGAUGGACGCACGUUUGACAUCUACACGAGCAAAAAUUAUGGCAAUAAUGGUAAUAACGGCACCGGUGGACUGUAUGGUAGGCACGGCAAGAAUGGAUGGGAUAUAGGCUUUUUGGGAUGGUUAUUGACCGAACCAACGAUUUACGGAACAGACUUAAAUAGCAAACUUCAAGUGCAUUAUUAUCCCGACAGUUCGUCGAACAGAAUCUAUUGUCCAUAUAAGGAAAAUUUCGGCAAUGAUAUUUAUGCAGAAAUAGGAGAGUCAAGAAACGUCCAAACCUGGCAGGAAAAACACAGGGAUAGGAAUAACACCCAGGCUCGAAGGGAAAGACAACAUCAUUCCAAAGCUAUCGGAAAGAAAUCUAUUCCUAGAAUUCGCAUUGUUGCGGCAUUUUCUGAAUACUUACAAGAGAUCGAAAAAGAAAGGCAGGAAUUGGAAAAACAACAGCAGUUGAAGCAACAGCGCAUCGCGCAAGAAUACGAACAACUAGUACAACAGCAGAAAACGAAAAAGAAAAGCAACGGUUGGAAGAACAGCGGAUCGAGAACGAAAAGCAAGAAUCGGUACAGCAGAAGCUUGAGUAUAUAAAAUAUGACUCUUUACAGCAAGUUGAUGAUAGCCAACAUACAAAUCUUGAUCGAGUCGCCAAGAUAGACAUAAAACACCAUAAAACAAUAUCUCAAGGCUCGUUUAAACAAAUUCAAUUCGAUUUUGUUAAGCCUAGUAUCUCAAGACAUAAUGCUAAUCAAAAGCAGAUAUUUGAUAUUCUGAACCAAAAUUCAAAUCUAGAUGAUUGGUUACAGCUUCAGACAAGUAUCGUUAGUGCUCCAGAGCUGAUAUCAUUGAUUAAACUAUUUGAAACAUUAAAACCAAAAUUUACUACUCUGCCUAAUAAAAAUAGAAAUGUUGAGCUCGAAGCUGUUACAGCUAUGUUAAAGACCAAGGAUAAGUUUACAAUUUUAAGAGACACUUCACAAGAAUUACCACCAUACCAUACAAAGGUGAAUCGUAUCGCAUUGACAGCAGAGAACGUAGCAAGAUAUCUAGAAGAAAUGGAGGAAAAAAAUGACACCAUCUAUCAUUCUAUGCUUGGUUCCUUGAAGAAAUACAUUUUUGAAAACUCUACAGAACAGCGAGAUACAAUCAUAGAGUUUGGUGUAAAGGUAUCGAAAUGUAGUGACAACGCGAUCAAACGUACUGUAGAAACAUUCAUUUUGGAAACAUACAGCUCAAAAGCUGCAAAUGAGCGUGUGGACCAGUUUUACGAUGAAUACUAUGAUUAUUUAGAUAAUCAGCAAAAAAACAUCGACACUAUCAUUGAAUCAGUGGAAGCCGAACUUAAAAAGCAACAAAAUGACGAAGUACUUCGCCUGUGGUAUGACAGCGUUAAUGACGAUACACUGCCAGGAAAACUUGAGAUAAUGUUAAGAAACGACAAGGCAUUAAGCUCUCUGUACGAUAAACUCACCGUAGAGAGAAAUGCAGAAUAUAACUGGGAGAGAUGUUGUGCCGAUGUAAAAAUACAAGAAUUAUUGAAGAUCAGCCUAGAGAAGGAAGGAAUAAUGAGCAAAAGUUAUAGAGUGCUUUUGGCAUAUGUGUUCAACGUGAACAUUCGGGUCUAUGCUAGAGACGAGAACAAUGAAAUUGAGCUGAUAGAAAAUCAUAAUCAUAAAUCUACGACUGUGAUACAUAUCUUACUGGAGGUUAACAAAUUCAUUCAACUGAAAAUCAACGAAGCUUACCGUCUGCUAGAAGAAGAGCGUCUGCAUAAGGAUAGUAUUUACAGACAAAUUCUAACAGAAGUAAGCACAAUGCAGAUCGAGUACGUUUUUGUACCAAAUUUCAAGCGCAAGUUGUUGUACCAAAACAGUUCCUCUAAACAGAAAACAUUCGAUGAAUUAGACGAUGAGGCACUAAUUGGAAAGAUUUCAGAAUUCUUCUCAGACGAGGAGAAGGAUCAAAUUGCUCAACGUUUGCAAAACAUUUCUCCCAAAUAUUCUGGCCAGUAUGGAGUGAUCGAGAACAUUUUGCAGCGUUUUUCUUUCGAAGGAAGACAUGUGUCAUCUAACGAAUUGUGUUUCUUGAUCAAUUCUAUACUUGCACACAGUGCCCAAUCAAGACAGGAACGGUACACUUUUUCAUGGAUUGUUGCUGCAUACAAUCAAAGUAAUUGGACAGACGAGUUAGUACUGUUGAAGUUGGAGAACUUUUUCAAAAGACAGCUGCAGGACAAGUCAAAAUGGCGUGGAUACAUGUCAAACAUCGACAAUAAGGGAGUUUUGCUAGUAUUUGCAGCUCAGUUUGAUCAAAGUCCAUGCUCUGAGCAGUGUGUCCAAGAAAUCUUGCACUUGUUGAGUAGUAUUCCGAUAGAAUCAAUUAAUCUUGAUCAGUUCGAACUAUCAGAGUGGCCAUAUGUUCUCAAAGAAUACUAUUGGACCUCUAAGUUCAAAUCUCUGAUGUCGUGGGAUAAUGAGUUGGCAGGCUUAUCCUCUGCUACCUUUUACGCGCUAUCCAUCGAAAACACGUUCGGUGAUAAACUGAUGAGCAUGUUGUUUGAAUCGUUGGAAGGAAAGCGCAACGUGCUUACCCAUGCUGGGUUGAACAAAAUCUUAAAUUGUUUCCAUACCCAAAAGUGGAACUUGUGCAUUGAGGAAUUAAACGUUUUUAAGCGUUGUAGCGUGAAGGAAUGGGUUCAAAAUAUGGAUAGCAAGUACACAAUAAACUCAAGACAACUUACCGUUUCUCAGAUAGUAGCUAUCAUAAAAGGCAAUUCUAACACAUCAAGUAAUAUAGUGAAGCAUUUGUCACGAAUUGAAAAUUCGGUGGCAAAUAUUCAUUAUAACGAGACAACAUUCAAUACGAAAAAAAUAUCCAGUUUCUUGUCGGAAGAUAUAGAGCAAUGGACUAAACAGUUCCAGGAUAAAAUAAAAAAACCAAAUGCAUACGUUUUUGAGGAAAUGCUCGCUGUAAUUGAUAGAGCAAUCGAGCUUAAGCGGGGGUUCAGGUUACGUGACACCCAGCGAUUGACAGUGUUGGCAUUGCUGGCAAACGAUAAGAGCACAUUAGCCCAGGUAUCUACCGGUGAAGGAAAAACGAUUAUCGUAGUAGCGAUCACAGUUAUAAAAGUUCUCCUUGGGGAGAAGGUAGACAUUAUCACUAGCUCAUCGGUACUUGCCAAGCGAGACGCAGACGAGAACAAGGACAUCUAUGAACUGUUUGGAUUUAGCGCCUCCCACAACUGUAGCGAAGUGAUAGAAGAGCGAAAAGAAGCCUACUCUUCGAAUCAGAUUAUUUAUGGAGAUUUGGGAAAUUUUCAGCGUGACUAUCUGUUAGAUAGAGUUUACGGGAAAAAUGUAUUGGGAGACCGCAGUUUCCAGAAUGUAAUUGUUGAUGAGGUGGACAGCAUGUUGCUCGAUAAGGGAAACAAUAUUUUAUAUUUAUCGCAUGAUAUUGCCGGUAUGGAUAAGCUGGAAUCAAUAUUCGUAUUCAUCUGGCAAAUGGUCAACAAUCCAACAGAUCAAACGGAAGAUGUACUUAUGAAAGAUAUCAAACAGUCGGUGCUGUGUGACAUGUACGCCCUCAUCCAGAAAGAGGAUAUCCAAAGUCUAGACAAUGUUUUGAGCAUAUCCGAUGCAUUAGCGAUAUGGGAAAGGUUGAUACAAUCUGAAAUAAUAAACGAUUCAGGAAGAUUGUUAGUCGAAGCUGUCGAUUGCAACAAGCUAGAUAAAGUACUUUCACCAGACUUUACAAAACUCAAAGAUCGUUUAAGUUUCUUACUUUGGUCGCGGAUCGAACGUGAAACUUAUGUCACAGUUCCCAAUUAUCUAAAAGCAUUCGUGGAGCGACAUUUGGACGGUUGGAUAUCUAGUGCCAUAACAGCACUGUACAUGGUGCCUGGUCAAUACUACGUGGUGGACGUCGACAGAUCUGGGACAGGUACCGACCGUAAUGCAAAUGUAAUUAUUCUCGACAGAGAUACGGGCACCGAUCAGGUUAGCUCGCAGUGGGAUGAAGCGAUGCAUCAAUUCUUGCAGCUCAAACAUGGAUGUAAGCUGUCCACUCUGAGCCUGAAGGCGGUUUUCAUUUCAAAUGUUACAUAUUUUAAAGAGUACGAACUGCUAUACGGUUUAACAGGUACGCUAGGAACAAACGAAGAAAGAGACCUCCUCAAGAAGAUACAUGAUGUGGACUUUGUCACUGUUCCCACUUUUAAAAUGAAACAGUUUGAAGAAUAUGGAUCUAUAAUAUGUUCGAGUAGUGAGGACUGGAAACAAGGGAUACGCCAGGAGGUUACUAAAUUAAUCAAAACUGAAAAAAGAUCCGUUCUUAUGAUAUGUGAAACUGUCCAGGAUGUUGAAGCAUUACAGCUGACAUUAGGUUCCGAGGAGCAUAAAAAUCUUCACAUCUAUAAGCGAGAUUAUGAGAAGUUGACUAUUCCAAAGGAUGGAUUGCAAUCUGGACACAUUAUUAUUGCCACCAAUUUGGCAGGUCGCGGCACGGACAUAAAAGUAUCCGAUGAACUUGAGAAGGCCGGUGGUUUGCAUGUGGUACUAACAUACCUUCCUGCAAAUAUUCGAAUUGAAGAACAAGCUUUCGGAAGAGCAGCAAGAAAGGGUGAAAAGGGAUCGGGACGGAUGAUACUAAUGGUGGCGGACGGGAAAUCACACAGUAAUUUUAAGAUAUAUAGCCUCAAGCUAAAGCGAAACGCAGACGAGUUACUACGCCUGGCAGCUAUAAAGACUUACUACGAAACAACGAUUAAAACGGAAGAGAACUGUUUUAAAUCAUUCAAAAAGUAUUUUGAACAGUCAAGGAAAUACUUAGCGGAUAUUGAAACGCCAGAUCAGGUAAAAGAGAUUCUGCUGCAAAGUUGUUUGAACAAAUGGUCAUUUUGGUUGGACGAACACAAUGGACAGAUAGACAAAGCAUCAGAUGAGGCAGGUAAACGAGUAUUAAACCAGCUUUUAGACAAUUUUUUGAUACAGCUCAAACAUCUACAAGCUAGCAGCGCAAAAAAUUGGUCAGCUUGGGUCGAAGAAAAUCCCAUACAAAUGAUUAAAUUGGGAAAAUACAUUUCUCAACAUGAAUCAGAUCAUCGGGAUACAGCUUUGCAGUUGUUCGGAAAAGUUAUCUCGAGUGAACCUUAUUUCUGCGAAGCCGCUUAUUACUAUCGUGCGUAUACGCGGUCACUCGGCGACAUAAACUUGAAGGAGUUUCAGAACGACUUAUGUUCUGCGGGAAUGCUUUUUGCAGAGCAUAUUAAGAACGCAAUGCAUGCAUUAGGUGUCGUAGAAAAGCAAAAAACUAAGGCCAAAGAGUAUGAGGGUUAUAAAGAGCAAAAAGAAAGUCUGGUAAAUCUGUACUCAUUGUUCUUAGAAUCAAUAGACGACAUACUGGGUCACCCCAUAAGUCCCGCAUCGUUUAAAAAUUAUGAAAUCAAGGAAGAUGUGGCUGAAAUAAUCUUUAAAAACCUUGUCCGUAUCGGCGUGAUAAAGAAGGCUGAAGUAGUUGGUAACAUACCGAUUGCUCGGAUUCAGAAACUUCACACCGAGUAUGGGAUACCUGUAGACAAAUUAAAAACGUUCCUACAACAUCGAAGGGGCGCUAUCGAUGAGGAAAAAUUGCUUGCAGAUAUUCGUAAAUCAUUUCCAAUUCCAAACAUAAGUGAAUUUUGGAAUGCACUCAUCGACCAGAAAGUGCUUCACAGUGUCAAACAUUACGUGGGGGUAAAUGAAGAACGAUUGGAAACAAUAGAUCCCGCAUUAAUGAACGUCAUAAAGCAAAAGGAAGGGAUAGGUGAGCUGGUAAAAGAAGUCAUUAAGCUAGAUAAGCAUCAGAUGUUGUUGAUCAAACAAGAAAAAAAACCGCAGUUUUAUUUUGAGAAAGAGAAACUCGUUCGUACGAUUGGUGAAAGGAAGUAUACCUCCCUUGUAGAAAAUGGUGUGCUAUCAUUCAACGAAAAAGCGACCAUAGAUAAGAAUAGAAUAGAAAAUUGUGUGUUCUCUGUCUUUGAUGCUAUUACAGUGCAGGAUAUUACUAACAAGACACGAAUUACAACCGAUGAAGCAAUUAACAUUGUUGCUGAACUUCUUAAGCAAAAUGUUCUGGAAAAAAGGGGCAAUACGUUAGCUUUAACAGGUAAUUAUGAACAGGCAAUACUUCUUCCUAGUUGCCCAGUGUAUGAAAAUGUCAUAAGAAACGUCCUUGAUUUAUGUUUCGCCUACAAGCUAGCUCUGAGAAACAUAUCAACACAACUAGAAAAAGAGGAUAGUAGUGAUAUUCGUAUAAACCUGCACCCUGAUCCUUAUAAAAUGUUAUUUAGCAAUCUAUACGAGCAAAAGAUAAUUAGACACCCUAUGCUUAAGAGUAUGAUCGAUGAAAGUGAGAUUAAAGCAAUCCACAAUAAAUCGUGGUCAGAGGAGGAAUUGAAGAGCGAGCUCGCUAAGGAUAUUGGUUUGUCUGUAGAAUAUACCGAGGUCUUGUUGGAUGCGUUGCUUAAGAAUCGCUGGAUUGUCCCGGAAUUCUUAUCGCAGCUGCUUCCAAGAUUUAUUGACCCUUUUAUAAACAUUGGAUGGUCAAUAGAAGUAAAGGAUUUGCUUCAUAAAAUUAAUGAAAACUCUUGCAUAAAUAUUUUUGAUUUAAAAUCAACCGUUUCUGCAAUAAAUCCUAGCUAUGAUCUAAUGAAAAUAUUUUAUAAUCCAUCUUCUAAACAUGCACGAAAAAGUCUUGCUGAUUUAAAAUUAUCUAUUGAAUCAAUCGACGUAAAGUAUGGCUUGGUCGAAUCUUAUGACGUAGGUAUCGCGAUUGAAAAAUGGUUUAACAAUAAAUUACUAUUAAUUGGAGAAGGAACUACUAAACAUAUCGAGGAUGUGCUCAGUAAGUCGAAGUCCUUACUAGCAACGUUAUAUGUACCUGAUGGAGAACUUAAAUCCAUCGUGGAGUUUUAUGGCCAAAAUAAUUUUGGAAACAUCGAUGAGAUGCGCAUUUUUAUCACAAACGGCCUGGAACAUGUUUUACAACUAGUGGAGAAAAAAUGGACCUUAGAAAUGAAAUUAAAAACUUCUCUAGUAGCAGCCUUUGGUGUAGCACAAAUAAUUAUUGGCGCGAUAAUAACGGUUUACUCAUGUGGUGUUAUGACUCUUGUUGGCAACGUAUUGAUUAGUGAAGGAGUCGGCGACAUCGUGUUCGCCGUAAGUGCCGCCAGGUCAGGUUACUUUAGUUGGCAUGAUUACGGCAUGCAUAAGCUACAGAGUCUUGCCUUUACGCUCGUUAUGGCUGGUGUGGGAAUGUACCUUUCCAGUGGCGCUAAGAUGUCCCGCAUAGGCUAUAAAAUUGCCGGUCCAACGCUUGAAUAUGGUGGUAAAAAGGUAGCUGAGCUGACAGGAAAGCAGCUUAUCAAAGCAGUUGGUGGAUGGACAGUCGUAAAGGAGACAGCAAAGCAUGUGGUGCUCAAAGCGACUGAAGGUGUUUCAUUUGCUCUGGCAAAUAUGGCCGUAGAUAAGAUUGUUGAAGAUCAUCUACAAAAUAUACUGAAUUCUUUGGCAUUGAAUAUUUUGUCAGGUAUUGAGGAUACGGUGAAAAAUCAUUCUGUAGAGCUGAUCCAAAACCUACGCAAAGCUUAUGAUCUCCUCGGUGAGAACAGUGCUAGAGCUCUUGUAGAUGAUUUGACAAAAAUGUAUAUGAUGGAACAGAAUAUGGGGCAUAUAUUUCUAUCUUAUAGUAAGGAACUGUGCCAAAGUGUGAUGAAAGGCAUCAGGAAUGCAAGUAAAAAAACAGGUAAGACUAGCAGUGCAAUGGUAGUCAUUAGUCACCUAAGCCGGGUACUGCAAUUUGUAGACACUGCUGCACAAAUCAAUAAAAUGUGCAAUGCAACACAGAACAUGUUAAAUUUUAUUAACACCGAAAUGAAGGAGAAGCUCAAAGAUAUAGAGAAACACUCAGCGCCAUCGAAGGAAAAAAAGGACAAUCAGAAAGAUGUUGAGCGCUUUCAGAGUAAUGUGAUCGAUCAAUGGAAAACUACAUUGAGUAAGCACGUUGGACAACUGAUUGCGCAACAUGUUGUUGAUCCAGUGCUAAACCUGGGUGCUAGAAUGGCCACAUCAUUUGUGUCAAAAGGCUUGAAAGACAUUAGACGCAGCAUGGCAGAGUCAAACAGAGCCAAAAAGUUGCACCGUCUGAACGAACACGAACAGAAGAUAAAUCGGCCACAUAUGAAAACUGAAACAAAGCGUCAGCUGACCGAUCAAUAUCACAGACAGUUGCUGAAGAUUAUGCACAAAACCCGCAAUCCAUCAUUGUUUGCCACCAUCAUCCGGGAGAAUGUCCCAAUGGAUUUGACUUGUGUCGGGGCAUGUACUCCAAUGAUACAAAAAUUGUUACAGGCGCAAAAUCCUGCGAUAACGGGUCUCACAAUCACCGUUCAUGGUGAAAAGGGAAUAAAGCAAUCGUUUAAAUCUGGUAAGGGUGGCCCCGAGGUGCAUCUGGAACUGAAAGAUAACCAUUUCACUGUGUCACAAGAGGGAGAGUCACAGGUUGACACGUUUAAUAACAAUUGUCUAUAUGGGGCACUAGCGACAGCUAUACCGGAUCUGCAAGCUUUGGCACCGAAUACUUUCAGAUAUAUGUUAAGUAAUUGGAUUAAGCAUGAUAAUAGCACGAAACUUUAUAUUAGAUAUGGUUGGCACCGUUUUGGGAUAAUACAUGGUGCGGUUGGAGGUGCCAAAAAGAAGAUGAAUUAUACUGACUAUAUAACCGAUAAAACAUCCAUUGAUGAAGAGGGAAAACCCUAUACAGAAGAUGAAAGACCUCCCACAUAUCAUUUGAUAUCUCGCUUUCAGCAUACGUUUCGGUUAGGGGGCGAGGUGAGAAAAGCCUCUGAAGUUACUGGUUUGCCUGUUGAUCAGAUAAUAAAAGACGGAGCUAGUAACAACAAGGCGUCUCGAAAGGUUAAACCUUUCACUGGCCUACAACAGGCGCAUGUUGUGCGGGUUUCUGUCGAUCAAGGACUGAAAACCGCAAACCCCGAUGUAUACGAUAGGAUAACGAAACACGCUGGUCACACACAGUUAACUGAUAAGUCUGUUAAUGUAUUUCACAAAGUAGGAGGUGACGUAGAUAGAAGUCAGCAUAGUUGGUCAGCGGCUCUUGCAACCAUAGACUAUACUAAACGUUUAAACUCACAAUCUAGGAAAAUAUUUACCGAUAUUAAAAAAGACACUUUGAGAAUUUAUGAAAAGAACAUUGCGUUACUCAAAAAAGAUCAUGCAGAUGAAUCAAUCCACUGGCAAAAACGGUUACAGUACGAUGAAGAGAUUAAGGUGCUGGAAGGUGCUAAAAAGGAUGUUCUUAAGACUACGAUCGAAGAAAUGUAUCGCUAUGCAAAGGAGGGCUAUGACCAACGCCAUGAGUACAUACCAAAGAAACGUAGAAUGCACAGCCCGGUUAGAGAGGAAUAGAGAUGAAUUGCGUUUAAUUUAUCAUCUAUGCAGGGUAUCACAAAAAUGUGGUAAAAAAUGAUUUCAAAUAUAAUUUUGGAAAUAUUACACAUUACAUUAAAAUGCUCCAAUUGAUAUCUAUGAAGUGUGCCUACUGCAUUAAAGUUUCUUAAUUCAUAGCCAGUUUUCUGUAUUGAAAGUAGUUUUGAAAGUCUACAAACUAAAAUAUUGCUAGAAACUGCAAGAAGCAGAAUACAAAUCCUGAUAAAGAUAAUCCUGAUAACUUUUACCUCCAGCUCAAGAGUAAUUUACUCUUUGAAUUGAAAAUCAGAAAAUCUGAAGUCAAAAAUAUUAUUGCAGAAAAGUUUAUACCAAUUAGCUAAUUGAGCCUAAUUAUAGAGAUACGCAACGCAAUGUCCUAGUGUUACUUUACUCCUAAGUGCACGCCAAAAGAAGCUGUUCUGAAAUCCAUUUCAGCUUAUCCCAAAACUGUACCGAUCCUGCAACUGAUGCUGAACCUACACCGGUGUAGAGACUGAUGUCAAACAUAUGGUUGUCUUGAAAUGGAUUCCAAUUCUAUUAUGGCUUAAAAACUGUACAUUGAAACUGUGCUGGCAACGUAACAUAAUAGUAAACCUGUUUCGGCUCAGGAAUCGAGUACGAUGCGAUUGAUGAACUAUUUCCGGUAACAAAUUCAGCGUAAUGGAGCAGUGUACAAACUCAGUGUAGAAUAUAGCGUUAACAUUAAUGUCAAACUUCAGCAUAGGAAUUUAUAUCUAGUUUUAUAAUGAAAAGCUCAAAGAAAAAUUACUCAAUCGUCCAGGAAUCAACUCAAUCAAUACUCAAUCAGGAAAACCCGAAAAGAGAUUUUACAUUGCUAUCAGCUGAUUUGUUUUGUCCAGAGCAAGGUGAAAAAGAAAAAGCACUAGAUAUAAUCUACAUUCUACUUUAUCGCGGAAUUCAGACACUGACGAGUAUGUUCAACUUUUGGAUACUCGAAAGGUAUAUCUCAAUAUUUCCUCUUCGUCCGGUUGCAACUAUACGCGCAUAUCUAUUGGAACGUAUCAUCCUGUGACACCAUAGAGAGAGGAUGAAACACAUGAUCUAAUGUUGGAAGUGCUGUUUUUGAGCUGGAAAACACGUUGAAGCAAAAUUAUGGAUCUGAUACUGGACGCAGAAUUACACAAAUAAUCGAUCGGGGUGGGGGAUCAUCUUUAAACCACCUUACUUAUCCUUGUCGCGAUGACUUACAGAAUUUUACCGUGAAGAUAUUCCGGCUGCAUCCAAUAAUUAGCUACGAAGUCUUGUUCAGAGAUUCUCAGGCAUGCUUGACACUAUUUAAAAAUACUUUGCACAUAACAUCCUAGCUCAUGCUUUGUUACCGUACAUCGCUGCAGGAUUAUGGGCUAGCAAAAUAUUAACGAGAGUUGAAAGUCAAGCCGAAAUGGGCCUAGUACAAUGAGAACCAGGAAACUGUGUGCUUGUUUUGUAGAAGGGAACAAAUUUCCAUACCAAUGGGCAACGACACAUAAGGAGAGCUAUCUGAUCCAUUAUCAAUUAUACCAGCCAAUAAUGAAAAAGCGCAUCAUCGGACUGACUAUCGCAGCAUUAAAACAAGAACAUGUGCUAUUCAGUUGACAGCCUUGGGCGACUGACGUUAAAACUAUGAAUCUGAAUCGCAUUGAUUUAUCUCGAUAACAAUCGGGAAAACCUUACUUGAUCGUUCUUUCUUCCAUGCUGAUCAUAUUACGAUUUCCUGAGAUAAGAACAGAUGGAUCAACUGUAUUUAUGUUCGGAACAUAACGUUAAGAUUGACUGAAGCUUUUUUACUACGUGAAUCCGGAUCUUCUUAUUUUUGACGCGAGGACUUACGUGUAACAACCUAAGCUGCCAUGUCGUUCAACACGGGCUUUCGAAAUUAGUACUACGGAUAGUCAGUUUUUGCUGCUGAAGACGGUUUAUAGGAGGCUUGAAUCCAGAUCGAACAUGUUAAGUCGUGCGAGAUGAUGCCUACAUCACAGGACCUCUUCAAUUAUCUAGAUCUGCAGAUAGCUAGAGAACGGCUGCAAGUAAAAGUAUCAACACAAUAUAAUUAUCUAAGUACAAAAAGGCAAUAGAUUUUAAUGUACACCGUUUCUUUGCAGUAGAUGAGUAGGAUUUAGCUUUGUUUAGGAUUAGAAGUUAAAAUAUGCAUUAAUUAAGAUUUGUAAAUUAAUGUAAGUGCUCCUUCAAAU